AUGGGCGGCGCCGAUCCUUGGGACUGCCUGUACCACGGCAUGCUUCCCUUCCACGAGCAUUUCCGCCAUUCCAUCUCGCAGAUCUCCACUCUCCUCCUCACACUUGCACCCACAUCACCCUCACCACCCAAGAACAAGGUCACCAACCUAGCACAGCUUCUCUACAUCUCGUCCUCGCUCUGUUCCUCGCUCGAGACGCACCACGCGAUCGAAGAGCGCUUCAUCUUCCCAACCCUCGCCAAGAAGCUGCCCCAAUUUGCUCACUCCUCUCAACACACCAAGGAGCACGAACAGAUGCACCACGCACUCGAAAGCCUCGAGGCCUACAUUGCAGAGGUCAGCAAGGCGUUGCGAAGUGGCAAACUUAAGAAUGCUGCAGAGUUGGAGGAGGUGUUUGACUACGAAAAGAUGGAUAAGCUGGUGCAGGGGCUAAAGGGAGUCUUGCUGCCCCAUUUGGCGGCGGAAGAGGCGAGUCUGAGAGCGGACGUAGUCAAAAAGGCGGGAUUCGAGCUCGGGGAGAUCAGGUAUCUCAUCCGAUAA